CAGCUGGAGCUCUUCUUGACCUUUUUCUCCGCAGCUCCGUUUGGCCAACGCGAGCGAGGAGAGAGAGAGACAAAGAGAGCGAGUUCAUUUGGUCCUCUUCACCCCCACCCCUUCCCCCUCACAAUUCCAUUUCCAUCGCAACCUCAACCCUAACCCUAAACCGAUCUCGUCUCCCUCCAAUGGAUCUCUACGACAAAUCUCGCGCAUCGCUCCUCCCGAGCUUCCUCUACUCGUCCUCCUCCGCGACGAGGUCCGUGGGGCUCGAGCGGAUCCUGUUGAGCCGUAGCUCGAGCUCUCCGGCGGCAGAGGCGGCGGCGGCAGCGCCAUCUCCGGCGAGCGGUGGCGCUCCGAGCGGAUCGUUCAUGAUCCAGGCCCCGAAGGAGAAGAUCGAGAUGUACUCGCCGGCGUUCUACGCCGCCUGCACUGCCGGAGGCAUCGCCAGCUGCGGCCUCACCCACAUGGCCGUCACGCCUCUCGAUCUCGUCAAGUGUAACAUGCAGAUUGAUCCGGCCAAGUAUAAGAGCAUUACGUCAGGAUUUGGUGUUCUUUACAAAGAGCAAGGUGUUAGAGGUUUCUUCAGAGGUUGGGUUCCUACCCUGCUCGGUUACAGUGCGCAAGGUGCUUGCAAGUUUGGGUUCUAUGAGUUCUUCAAGAAGUAUUAUUCUGACCUUGCGGGGCCUGAGUAUGCUGCCAAGUAUAAGACCUUGAUUUAUCUUGCGGGAUCUGCUUCUGCUGAAGUCAUUGCUGAUGUUGCUCUCUGCCCCAUGGAGGCGGUGAAGGUUCGUGUGCAGACGCAACCUGGCUUCGCCAGAGGCUUAAGUGAUGGCUUCCCCAAGUUUGUGAGAUCUGAAGGCUACCUGGGAUUGUACAAAGGAUUGGUUCCACUUUGGGGCCGUCAAAUCCCUUAUACAAUGAUGAAGUUUGCAUCCUUUGAGACCAUUGUGGAGCUGCUCUACAAACACGCGAUCCCCACACCAAAGGAGCAGUGCAGCAAGUCUUUCCAGCUUGGCGUGAGCUUUGCCGGUGGAUACAUUGCUGGAGUCUUCUGCGCCAUUGUUUCUCAUCCAGCUGACAACCUUGUCUCUUUCCUCAACAACGCCAAGGGUGCUACUGUUGGUGAUGCUGUCAAGAAGCUUGGCUUGUGGGGUCUCUUCACCCGCGGGCUUCCUCUUCGUAUUGUCAUGAUCGGCACUCUUACUGGGGCUCAGUGGGGCAUUUAUGAUGCUUUCAAAGUCAUGGUUGGCCUGCCAACGACUGGUGGAAUUGCUCCUGCUGCAGCUCCAGCUCCAGAGCUUGCACAGCUGAAAGCUAGCUCGUGAUUUCCAGCAGCAGAGAUUGUAACAGCAAAUUCCUGACUUCUGCCAUCUGUCAAACCCGUCCUGGAUGGGUUUGUAAUUUUUUUUGCAAGAGAAUCCCUUGCUUUUGAUUAUUUUUCUAAUGGUAUUUUGUGGAUGUUAUACCCUUAAGAGGAGUGAGAGGAACUCAUUAAACAGGUGAAGAUAGAUUUCGGCAUCAAAAUAUUAAAAAAUAAGCUGUAGCGCACACUGAGGUUUUGUAGUUUUACCUUGUAAUCCCCUGAGUUUCUCAGGACGUGUUUGUUGGUAAUUGUUUUUACGUAAUUUGCAUUUUCCUUUGCUUUA